AUUUUCAAUAUAUAAUAUACAAAAACAAAAUAUAAGUAGCGCAGACAUUGCGAGACUAUCGAAGAGCAGCAUAGAGUAUUGUGGGUUGUGCUAAAAUGGCGUCAAGGUUGUGGGCAUCAAGAGCUGCUUCAUACCUCAGGAUCUCAGUAUUCCACAGAGGCUUCUCUUCCGUUGUGAAGGAUUUAAAGUAUUGUGAUUCUCAUGAAUGGGUGAAAGUUGAGGGUAAAUCUGCUACCGUUGGCAUAACUGAUCAUGCUCAAGAUCACUUGGGUGAUGUCGUUUAUGUUGAAUUACCUGAAGUAGGAGCUGAUGUAAAACAGGGCGGCAGUUUUGGUGCCGUCGAAAGUGUCAAGGCCACUAGUGAUAUCAACUCUCCUGUUUCUGGGAAAGUGAUUGAAGUCAAUGAAGAGCUCAGCAGCUCCCCUGGUUUGGUAAAUGGAAGCCCAUAUGAAAAUGGAUGGAUCAUAAAGGUGAAGAUUAGUAACACCGAGGAAUUGAAUACUUUAAUGGACUCGGAUCAGUACUCCAAGUUUUGCGAAGAAGAAGAUGCGAAGCACUGAGGGAACUCUCGCAACGCGGUGCAGGUACUACUUUCUUGAAGGGCUGGAUGGGUUUUAAAGCAAGGAAGUUCAGAAGUAUGGAUUUGUGAGUUUUGGUACUUUGUUCCAGUCGUGUUGCAACUGCUCUUCUUUUCUUUCCAUUAAUGGAAUAUUGCUAUUGGAAUUAAUAACAUUUUUCUUUGUUUGCA